AUGAACCUGUACGGCACUAUCCUUCCAUCCUUGGGUAAGCUUUCGUUGUUGUUGGCUCUCAACAUGAGCGGGAACAGUUUCCACGGCCAUUUGCCAUCUGAGUUGGCCAACUUGCAACGUUUGGAGCUCAUGGACUUGAGCCACAAUGAGCUUAGUGGUGGAAUCCCUCCAUGGUUUGGCAACUUAACCAAGCUUCAGCAUCUAAGUCUCAAUGGCAACAACUUUACAGGUAAUAUCUCUCCGUAUCUUUUCAACAUGAUAAACCUGGAAACAAUGGAUUUCAGCCAUAAUUUUCUUCAAGGAAGCUUACCCCAUGAGAUUGGUAACCUUCCAAAGUUGAAGAUUCUCCGUCUGCGAUACAACAAGCUCUCGAAUCCCAUUCCAGCAGCCAUCUACAGUGUGUCCUCCUUGGAAGUUGCAGAUUUCAUGUUUAACAACUUCUCAGGAAGUAUAUCAAGAAAUAUUGGGAACUUGACUAAGCUCAGGGAAAUAUAUGUUGCACAAACAGAUAUUGGAGAUAUUGAAGCUAUCAUCAUUUAUAAAUCAAAACAGGAUGAAGCAUGUGAAAUACCAAGGGAAAUAGGUAAUCUUCGUAAUCUGCAGAUAUUUGAUGGUGGAAAUGCAAGCCUCACAGGUCAUAUUCCUGCAAGCAUCUUCGACAUAUCUUCGUUGAGAUAUAUUCUCCUUGGAAGAAAUAACCUUUCUGGUACUCUACCAAUUGACAUAUGUAGUAAUCAGUCAAGACUUGAAGCUCUUUACUUGGCCCGGAACCAGUUAAAUGGUGAAAUUCCUUCGGGCUUAGGUGGAUGCCGCAAGCUUCAGAAUCUAGAUUUCUCCAUAAACAGAUUCUCAGGACAGAUCCCACGUAGCAUCGGAAACUUAACCGGUCUCAAGGAGCUAUACUUAGGAGAUAAUGAAUUGAAAGGUGGAAUCCCAUGGGAGGUAGGCAAUAUUCUGAAUUUGGAGGUGCUGGACAUCGGAGAAAUGGGGCUCACUGGUCUCGUUCCACAGGUUCUCUUCAACAUUUCAACUUUGAAGACUAUUAACCUUCCAAACAAUAGUCUAUCUGGUAGCCUCCCGUGGGACAUAUGCCUUCAUCUUACAUCACUUGAGAGGAUUGAUUUUUAUAGAAAUGAACUCACAGGAAAUGUUCCAAAAAGUAUUGGUAACUGCACUUUCCUCCAAUUGAUAGGUCUCGGCAAAAGCCAUCUCUCUGGGGAAAUACCAGAGGAGAUUGGCAAUUUACAACAUCUUAGUACCUUAUCUAUGGGGGGAAACAACUUGACCGGUUCAAUUCCAUCAAAGAUAUUCAAUAUGUCAACCAUAGAGUUAAUUGCAUUACAGUUAAAUAAGCUUUCAGGACAUCUCCCUUCAAGCUCCGAGUAUAAGCUUCCAAAACUUACAGUGAUAUCUCUGGCUCAGAAUAGACUCAGUGGCAAACUCCCAAGCUGCAUCACCAAUGCUUCAACACUCAACGCCUUAGAAAUCGGCCACAACUCAUUCUCCGGCUUUCUUCCGAGCUCCUUUGGUAAUAAUCUAAGGCUUCUCGAGUCGCUCAGUCUCCAAUAUAACAAUCUUUCACUUGAAUAUUCUAGUCCAGAACACAGUUUUCUCUCUUCUUUGAUGAACUGCAGAACUUUGCGGCAUCUAAGCAUUGAAUCUACUACAUAUGGUGGUGUCCUUCCAGCUUCAAUAGGUAAUCUCUCAGCGUCACUUCAAUAG